AUGGCUUCGGCGUCUUCUAGCGUGGGUCAACGAGACCAGCUCGAGAAGGCCGCCACCGUCUCGCUGGCCAAGGGCCCUCCUGGCCCGUCGCGCUGGUCCGGCGGGACGGCCACGCGCACCUCCAGCGCCGCCAGCUGCGACGAGCUGCCUCCGCUGCACGGCGACAUCGGCUUCGGGCUCAUGGUGUAG